AUGGCGGUUACUACAGAACCUAUCAUCGUUUCCACAUCUUUGCCGACAAUUCAUCUUGAUCUGCUUCGAGCUGAAAAUGAUUCAGAGAGCAAGAAGUUGCUCGGUGCUUGCCGAAACCAAGGGUUCUUCUAUCUCGAUUUGACCAGUGACCCAGAGCUUUGCAAGCUAUGGGAAGGUAUGCUAGCGAGAAUGAAGCAUUAUUUCGAUCAAUCUCUUGAAGUUAAAAUGCAGGAUGCUCGAGGAAGUGACAACUACGGGUAAAGUAAUCUUCAAGGCUCAAAAGGUCUUGAAGAUAAAUUACUAACUUCAACAGUUACAUCCCUGUUGGGACUGAAGCAGGCUCGAAGCCAAACUCCAAAGAUGGCUACGAAACGCUCAAGGUAUGCUCUAAUUCUUCGGAUCUCUAACAUCUUCGAACUAAGUUGUCUUUUUAACAGUUCUCCCGUCGAGAGUUCCUCAAAGGCUCAAGCGACCUGACCACCUCAAUUCGGUCUGAAUCAGACUACUUUUUCUCUUGGAUAAAGGAAGCCAACACGAUCACUCUUAUGGUUCUCUCUCGUCUUUCAACUCAGCUCGGCCUCAAAGGCUCCUCACGCUUCGAGGUUGACCAUGCCGAUCUAGAGCCCUCCCUCUCGACACUUGUCCUUCUUCAUUAUCCAAAACACGACGAGGUCACAUCAUCUAGCAACGUGGGCCACCUUAAGCACACCGAUGUUAGCUCACUCACCUUCUUGCUCGUCGAACAGUGGGGCCUCCAGUUUCUCUCUCCUGAAUCAAAACGCUGGGAGUUCCUCGCGCCUAAGCCAGGCCACGCAAUUGUCAAUGUCGGUGAUUAUUUACGAUUCAGAUCCGGAGACGAGUUAUCUAGUAUUGUCCAUCGCGUUAUUCCGCUAAAAGAGAUGCAAGAAGAAGACCGGUAUAGCAUUGCGUAUUUCUUCCGUCCAAAUGAUGACGCCAGUUUUAACGACUCUACCGGGAAAAGAUGGACGGUUAAGGAAUGGCAUGAUUUCAAGUUUGACGUGUUCAGAAGCCCGGAUACUUUGGAUGCGAAGGGACAAUUUCUGACCGGUAUGAUGGAGGAGGAGAAGAGGGUGGUAACGAGGGAGGGAAUAACUUCUUAG